UCUUGAACUCUCACUCUGGUCCGUCUCUGUGUGAAAUCAGACUUUCUGCUAGAAUGAGGAACCUGACGGCUCUGCUGUUUCUGCUGUCGCUCUGCUCUCUUCAUCUGGUGUCUAGCGCUCCCGGCAGUACGGACUUCAGGAUUACCUGCUGUGCAAAAACAACUAAAGUAAAGAUUCCUUUGAAGAACAUUGUGACCUACUGGUGGACCAGCAGCAACUGCCCCAAAAAGGCCAUUGUCUUUGAGACUCUAAAUAAGAAACAGCACUGUGUGGAUCCUACAGCUGUUUGGGUCAACCAUCACAUGAAAGCAGUGGAUCUUAGAAACAGCACCACUGUAACAGCAAAACCCUGAAUCUCAGCGUUAGAUGGGUUUUCAACACCGAAGACCAACCUAAUAUACUGACCAAAUAUUGUAAAUACUCAUACAAUAGACAUUACAGCAUAUUCUCACCUCUGAGUCUCAGUGUGACAGCACCGCCUGGUGUUUUUAAGAGUUCAGUAUUACUGUCUGUUCCGUGUUCAUGUUUGUAUCCAGUUAAUGAAUCUGUAGAAUGAAAUGAAAUGGUGUUAUGCACAUGUAACAUGUAACUGUCUCUAAUAAAUACUUACACUAUGCAGCA